GUUCCGUGCGACGUUAGUUUCUCGCUGUCCGUGGCUCGGUGAGUGAAGCGAAGGGGAAGAAGGACCGCCGGUUUGGGGCCGCGUGGAGAGAAAGAGGAACGGGUUAGGUUCCUCCUGAUUUCCUCCUUGUUUCUCUGCAACGAGGUUGAACAAGAUAUUGACAGUUUUGCUUGAUUGCUUGUUGAUAAGCUUUAAAGGCGAGGUGAAUGGAUCAGAGCUGGCAUGGAUUGGAAAACUGAAUCACCGAGGGCGGAAGUAUGUAGUUUAUGUAACUAUUUCUGUUGCCUGCGUUCCUUCGUUGCUGAUUUGAGAUGCUUACCUCUCCUUCUAGAAAUUGUUGGAUUCGUCAUGUUUCUUCAGUCGAUAAAGUUAGUCGCAGAUUGAAAAGCUAGGUUUGGAUAUUAAAGGUCUUCAUUCGGCUGACGUGCGGGGCGAUGCUUUUGAUGAGGACGUGGCUUACGAUGUGAGAGGUCGGCGGGUCAAGUUGAAGAACAAUUUUUCUGACAUCGCAAGUCUUCGUACUUUCAGUGGGUUCGUGAGAGUUGGUAUCUGGUGAAGCAACCAGUGACAUCUUAAACUGAAAUGAGGUGCAACGCUUGCUGGCGGGAAUUGGAAGGGCGAGCCAUAUCAACUACAUGCGGUCAUCUUCUGUGCACGGAGGACGCCAGCAGAAUUCUUAGCGCUGAUGGUGCAUGUCCCAUUUGUGACCAAGUGUUGUCCAAGAGCCUUAUGAAGCCCGUGGAUCUCAAUCCAAAUGACGAAUGGACAAACAUGGUAAUGGCUGGAAUAUCGCCCCAAACAUUGAUGAAGAGCGCUUACAGGAGUGUCAUGUUUUUCAUCGGACAAAGAGAGCUCGAGAUGCAGUAUAAGAUGCAGAAAAUAUUUGCACAAUGCCGUCAGAAAUGUGAGGUCAUGCAAGAGAAGUUCACAGAGAAAAUGGAACAGAUUCAUGCGGCCUAUCAGAAGAUGUCUAAGAGAUGCCAAAUAAUGGAGCAAGAGAUUGAAAGUCUAACGAAGGACAAGCAAGAACUUCAAGAGAAGUUCGCCGAGAAGUCAAGGCAAAAGAGAAAACUGGAUGAGAUGUAUGAUCAUCUCAGGAACGAGUACGAAACUAUGAAAAGAUCAGCAAUUCAACCGUCUGGUUUCUUUAGAAGACCUGAACCUGACUUCUUCUCCAGUCCUGCCGGGCCACCUCCCAUGGUGGAGAACAGAGAUCCCCUUAGGCAAGAUGGCUCGCUUGUGACUCCUAAAACUCCAGGGGAAAGAGAAGACGUGUGGCCGUUGUCGAAGCAGAAGAGGUCGAGUCCAAGCCCUUUCGACGUUUCUGGAGGAUCCCCAGCAAAGCCACCAACAGCCCGUGACGACGACUCGCAUAGAAGACCUUCCCGCCCUCUGUUCCCGUCGGCUGCUCCCAAUCCUUCCGCAACCCUGCGCAACCUGAUCUUCUCUCCCAUGAAGCGGCCUCAGCUCUCUCGCAGCAAUCGGCCUCCCAUCUUCACGUAAUUCCUCUUUCUUUGCUUCCUUCCUACUAGUUGAUUACAUACCCUUCGAGCCAACGACACCAUGAACUGCCUUUGGUGGCCAAAGGACAUUCCCGAAACAGGAUCCACCAACCAUCCAUCAUGUCGUAUCAAGCGACAGAAACCGUAUGUCCUAUGCAAAAGAAAUUGGAAACUUUUAAUUAGUCUUUCCAGCCAAAGAUUCGUCAGACCGGUAAGACGCAGGCGCAAGAUAGAUAAAAGGUUGCUGGUUUUCUAUGAUUUUGCCCAAAACCAUUUUUCACAUAUUAGUUUGACCGACGAAGGGUUUGUCGAUUCACUCCCACACAGGCAAUCUGUGAUCGAAGUGGCCUUAGUGUGAGGUCACACGAGUCACGAGGGGAAGUCAGUUCGUGCCAACAAGGGCUUGCCCUUCGUGAGGGCAAAACGAAAAAAUGACUUCAUAUUUCUAUGUCGUUGACAAUGACAUGUCAUUUUUUAUUUCAAGCACCUUCAGGCUGAACAUAUGACCAGCUUGGCCGCUCGAGGGGUUCAAAAGAGCAGUAUUUCAGUAGUGCCUGCCUAAUAAGCUGGUUUUUCGUCCAUUGUUAGUCAUAGGAACUGAAUAAAAGCUCGCCGCUUCGAGAAUUAUACCA